GGUAACCGAGAGCCGCGUAGAGGAUGGGCUUGCUAUCAAUUCUGCGUAAAUUGAAGAGUGCACCAGACCAGGAGGUUAGGAUCCUGCUCCUGGGAUUGGAUAAUGCAGGCAAAACCACACUUUUGAAACAACUAGCAUCUGAAGAUAUCACCCAUAUCACUCCGACCCAGGGUUUUAACAUUAAAAGUGUGCAAGCCCAAGGUUUCAAGUUGAAUGUGUGGGAUAUUGGUGGACAAAGGAAAAUCAGGCCAUAUUGGAGAAAUUAUUUUGAGAACACUGAUAUCCUGAUUUAUGUCAUUGAUAGUGCUGAUAGAAAAAGAUUUGAAGAAACUGGUCAAGAACUAGCAGAGCUGGUGGAUGAAGAAAAGCUAAGUGGCGUUCCAGUACUCAUCUUUGCAAACAAACAAGAUUUACUGACAGCAGCCCCUGCUGCAGAGAUUGCAGAGGGUCUGAACUUGCACACAAUCCGGGAUAGAGUCUGGCAGAUUCAGUCUUGUUCAGCCCUGACAGGAGAGGGCGUGUCGGAUGGCAUGAACUGGGUCUGCAGAAAUGUCAAUGCAAAGAAGAAGUAAGUCAAGCUGAGUUGCCUGGAACUAGAGAAACAGCAAGAGCCAAACAUGCUAGCCAGCUGCUAGUGUCUGACCAAAUAUUGUUCCAUCUGCCUGCAGCUACAGCUGUUCAGACUGGUAAUCGUAGCUAAGCCUACUGCUUCUAUAGGAACUUUAUCUGUUGACUAGUGUCAUCCCCAUCCCCAUGCAAAUCUUUCUUUCAUUCUUUUUGAAAAGUAAAUAGUAUUAAGGGUCUCCCUGUUGUUCAUACUAGCAAUGAAAAUAGGAAUGGAUUGCAGUCUGACAUAGACACUUCUGAUGAGUUCCACAGAGGUCAGAUUAUUACAGCAAUAUAUAUCAAUGGCCACAUCCAUUCUGAAAUCACUCAAGAUCCUUCCCUGGUCCAGUUCAGAACUUUUCUCAUUGUCCAAUAAAGUGAUCUUUUGUUCAAGCAAAUGCUUCAAUUUUAAAAUAUACAUACCACAUUGCUUACAAGGCACUCAUUUGGCCAUAUGCCCAAGGGUCUGUCUUUUUUUCACAAAGACAUCUAUAAAACUCAAUUGGAAUGAAAAAGCAACAACUCAUGCAGGAUGCCAUAAUUUGAUGAAAUAAAACAACAUGUUUGUA